CCUCCCUUUAUAUAAAACACACAAACUCACAGACAGCAAGAGAGGGCUGCCUGCCUAUCCAUCCAAUUCCAUUCCAUCCCGGCGGUGCCGUCCCCUCCCUCUUCCUCUUCAGCGCAGCGCAGGAACUAGCUCAGCUCGCAGCUCCAUCGGCCGAUGGUACAGUACAGUGUUGACAAGAUGAAGACCUCCCUCUUCCUUCUGCCGCUGUUCGUCGCACUCCUCUCUGCAACCAGCCCUCUCCCAUCAGCUGAUGCGCUGAACGUGAAAGGCCGCCUGGUGAAGUCCAAGACGUUCCUGUCCCCGCCCAUCUUCCUGCGCCCGGGCGACGUCGCCGACAAGAUCUACUACGACAUCGCCUUCCCGAGAGGCCACCUGGCGUUCAAGAGCUUCAACGGCGAGGUGGUCGACGAGCACGGCGUGCCGGUGCCUCUCCACGAGACGUACCUCCACCACUGGGUCGUGGAGCCCUACUACGCGGCCAAGGACGCCUCCACCGCGGCGGCGGAGGGCCGCCCGCGGAUGAUCCCGGCGAGGAACUCCGGCGUGUGCAACCACACGCUGGGGCAGUACUACGGGCUCGGGUCCGAGACCCGGCGCACCGCCACGUGGGUGCCCGACCCUUACGGCAUCGAGAUCGGCGACCCCGACGCGGCGCCGGAAGGGUACGAGGAGCGGUGGAUGCUCAACGUGCACGCCAUCGACACGCGGCGCGUGGUCGACAAGCUCGCGUGCACCGAGUGCCGCUGCGACCUGUACAACGUCACCGUGGACCAGUACGGCCGCGGCAUCGAGGACGGCUACGCCGGCGGCCUGCGCUGCUGCUACGACGAGACGCGGUGCGCGCUGGAGGAGCGAGCAGGGCUCCUCGUGAACGCCGACGAGGAGGCGCCGCCCAGGAAGGUGUUCCUGCGCUACACCGUGAUGUGGCAGGACUGGAGCGACGCGGCGGUGCUGCCCGUGAAGAUCUACAUCUUCGACGUCACCGCGUGCAAGGUGGAGUACGACGUGGACGAGUGCGCCGCCGGGAACGACAACGGCGGCGGCGGCGAGUGCGUCCACGUGCAGACGGCCACGCAGGUGCUGCCGCGGGGAGGCGACGUCGUGUUCGGCGUCGCGCACCAGCACUCGGGCGGCAUCGCCGCGUCCCUCCACGGCGAGGACGGGCGCCUGCUGUGCGAGUCGACGGCCACCUACGGCGACGGGGAGGAGGCCGGGAACGAGGCGGGGUACAUCGUCGGCAUGUCCACGUGCUACCCGAAGCCGGGCGACGUGAAGGUGCGCGACGGCGAGGCUCUCACCGUGGUGUCCAGGUACAGCAGCGAGCGCCGGCACACGGGCGUCAUGGGCCUCUUCUACAUCCUCGUCGCCGAGCAGCAGGUGCCGGCUGACGGCAAGCCGCCGGGCCUGUGCUUCAGCUUCCCGGUCUCAUGGUGUCUACCGUCAUGGCUGUCGAGCAACAUGUGAGAGCUCUUUGUUGUUGAAUGGUUAUGACUAGUAGAAAUAAACAAUGUUCUAGUAGCAAGCAGCCAAGCAUGCAGGCCAUUGAUGAGUCGUCGUGCUAUAUAUCUUGAAAGAACCAUCAGCAAGAGUCUCCUUUGAUAGAUGCAUGACUUGUAUGCGUUUGUAUAACACACUAUAGUAAGCUGGGUUUUGCAGAUGUACAAUCUCUUGUACAAAAAACAGAAAUAAAUAUAAUGAGAUUAUAUACAUAUAUCCUAGCA